AGUCCGUAAUCGCAUUCAUGAGAAUCGUACCCCACAAUUUACACAUGCGCUGAGGUGACCGCUCGCGUUUUACGCGUCACAAAUAUUCGUACUUCGACGUCAAAACCUCGUGUCUAGUUUCGGAGAUCGUAAAAAUGUUGACUGAAAGUGACUCAGGCUCAUAACCAAUACACACAAAAAAGCAGCUUUUGUAUUGUACUGUAGCUUUACACCAAUCUCAACGCCACGUGAGUUUUAUUAUCAGUGUUUGUGAUUGAUUUUUGCGGCAUGGGUGAAGAAACUCAAGCCGGUGAUGGAAAAGUUACGCUUAAACGUAAAAUUACUCUGUUUAAUGGUGUCGGAAUAAUUAUAGGGACGAUUAUUGGCUCUGGAAUUUUUAUAUCUCCGACCGGCGUUUUCCGGGAGACGAAAUCUGUGGGAGUAUCCCUAAUAAUAUGGCUGGCUUGUGGCUUGCUGUCGACGCUAGGUGCACUCUGCUACGCAGAACUAGGCACCUCGAUCUCAAGGUCGGGAGGGGAUUACGCCUACAUCUACACAGCCUUUGGACCACUCCCUGCAUUCCUGAGGAUGUGGAUAGCGCUGCUCAUCAUUAGGCCCACAACGCAAGCGAUAGUUGCGCUUACGUUUGGCCAGUAUGUGGUGAAACCUUUCUUCCCCGACUGCAAUCCCCCGGAAGAUGCUGUGAAACUGUUGGCUGCUGUGUGCUUAUGCGUGUUGACUGCAAUAAAUUGCAUCAGCGUGCGAUGGACGAUGCGCAUCCAGGACGUGUUCACCUCCUCCAAGCUGCUUGCAUUGAUCGUCAUUAUCUUAUCUGGAAUCUACUACAUUUGUGCUGGUCACACGGAAAACUUCCAGGACUCUUUCGAAGGCCAAUACAGCGCAGGAAGCAUUGCGCUCGCUUUUUACUCGGGUCUCUUUGCUUUUGGUGGCUGGAACUACCUAAACUUCGUGACAGAAGAGCUUCAAGACCCGUACAAGAAUCUCCCGCGCGCAAUAUGGAUCGCUAUGCCAAUGGUGACGGUUAUCUACGUGAUGGCAAACUUGGCCUAUUUCGCUGUCGUUUCCAAGAUGGAAAUGAUUACGAAACCAGCUGUGGCAGCGAUAUUCGGUGAUCGUCUCUUCGGCGCAUGGAGUUGGGUGAUACCGGUAUUCGUGGCCCUGUCUACAUUCGGAGGCGUGAACGGAGUUUUAUUUACUUCCGCGAGACUCUUUGCCACGGGUGCACAGGAGGGGCACAUGCCUGGUUUCUUCACGCUCUUCCACAUUGAUAAACAGACACCGAUUCCAUCGCUCAUAUUUACUUGCUUCUUUUCACUGCUAAUGCUGACAAACAGCAACGUGUUCGACCUCAUUAACUACUUCUCGCAAACCUUGUGGCUGUCCGUCGGCGCGUCAGUGGUAGGCAUGCUGUGGUUACGGAAAACCAAGCCCGACAUGCAGAGGCCUAUCAGGGUUCAUCUAGCGAUUCCCUACCUCUUCCUCAUCGCCAUCGCCUGUCUGGUCAUCAUUCCCGCCAUCACUAAUCCUAUGGACACCGCCAUUGGCCUAGCUAUACUGUUAUCUGGUAUUCCAGUGUACUACGUUUGCGUCAAAUGGAAGACGAAACCUAAUUGCUAUGACGCUUUCUCAGGAUGUAUUCUAAGAUUCUUCCAGAAACUGUGCUCAUGUAUUUAUGUAGAUUCACCCGAAAAACUGUCUGACUCUUAAGAAAAAUACCUAAACCUAAUAAAAUGUGUAAAGUGUACUUACUGGCUAAUAACUUGGACACAAAUUUACGAUUUUUCUCAUUUUAUAAUUCCCAGAUGAAGGAUUAUUGAAGUAAAAAGUAUGCAUAAAAUAUGUCCAAUAACGAACCUGCAUAAAAUUUAUCCAUCGAAGCAGCGUGAAAGGUCUUAGCUCGUAUGAGAGAGUCGUCGUAUAGUCAGUGGUGGGACAUUAACUAGCUGACGGUAAUCAACAUAGAGAUCGUAAUUGAGCAAAGCACAGGUUGGAAUUAAGGCUGUCUCGUCUCAGUCCUACAACGCCGCCUUAGGCUUAUCAAUAAUCGAUAGCACUAGUACAUUGAAGGCUACAAAUAUAUUCACACGGGCAUCUCCAUAGAAAAUAUUUAAUCUAGGUCUAAAUUAACCAUUGGCUCAGAGUAAACCAUUUAUUCAGUUAAAAAUCAUAGUUGUGAACUGUAAUACCUAAAUCAUAAAAAAACAAAAUUCAAAACCAAGGGCCUUCAAAUAAAUACUUUGUAGCAUUACUCUCAAUUCUAAGUGUUCAAGUUUUUUGCGAGGACAGGUACAUCCCUAGAAACGAUGUUCGUUGUAAGUUGUAACACUUACUUAACUAUUUAUUGACGUCUUUUAGCAGAGCUUCUAUGAAUAUUGGACCAAUAUGUUAUGUGAUUAAGUGUGACUAUGUAGUAGCUUUAAGUGUAUUUAUUGUAUGUUCUGUAAUUGAAGUACCUACUACAUUUUAAGAAGCAUAAGAAAUACUGUACUGAAGUGUUGUCUACGAAAAAAAAUAUUGUUCCAAACUGAAGUCUAAGUAAACCUAUUAUCCUUACCCCUUAUCUUAUGCUUCGUUAUUAAUUAUUCAUAUAAAUAGUUAAAUUAAGCAUGUUUUGUAGGUUUCAAGUAAAAAGAGCUCACGAGGAAGGUAUUAACUUUUUACGAUACAAAGUGCGAUUUUUAUAAGUUACAUGCCAACAAGUAUUUAUUACAAUAUGUUUCUACAAUAAAGGUAGUGUAAAAUUUUAAAAGAGUAGUAUAUAAAAGU